AUGUCGCCGGAUGGUUCCGGUCGACGUGGUGUGCAGAUUAUGAAUGAAUUAAAAAACGGUUACCGCAUUGACGGUCUCGACGAGGUCCGCGUCAUCCGUGAUCGUCAAACUAAAAUGUCUCGCCAGCUGGGUUUUCUUCGUUUCCACAACAUCAACUCCUCCCGCGCGUUUGUUGAACGUAACUUCCCUACCAUUUACCUGUAUGGGCCCAGUGCUGGUCCUGGUAGCCGUGGAACAAAAGUUCGCAUUGCAUACAGUCGCGAGAGAGAGGACCGCGCUCGUGCCAGAGCCGAAGGUGAUUGGAGUUGCAAAAUGUGCUCUAUCGUCAAUUAUUCUACUCGCCAUAAAUGCUUUCGAUGCCAAGCACCGCGUCCUGAACCUGGUCCUACCGGCCCUCCUGGGAUAGCUGCUCCUAGGGUUGAUAAUCAUGGUGAUAAUGACUCUGCACCUGAGAACCAACCCUCUCAGUUUUUGCUUUUCCGAGGACUGGAACCAACGGUUACGGAGGAGCUCCUGGCCAAAGGUGUUGCCAAACUGUAUCGUCCAUCUACCAGCUCCGAGAACUCGUCUGGGAGUCAAAAGAAGGGGAAGGUUGCAUCCACAACCGGCGAUUCUAACUUAGGCGCUCGAGAUGGAUCUAUUCGUCGUGUUCUGUUGGAUGCUCAAGCUGCUACUGCGCGGCUGAACUCAUUCGAGAAGUUCACGAUCUCCUCGAAGCAAGUGCUUGUUAGCUACAUUCAUGCGGGAGUGUUUGUGCCUGUGAUUAAUCCCACAGCGAGUACAGAGAGAUUUACAUUUAGCCCGUUGAAUAACCCUUCCCUGAAACUUAUGUACUGGGACGAAGAGGCAUAUGUCACGGAGCUUACUGUUACACCGGGGGAUGUGGAUAGCACCCAGGCACAAUCAAAGACUGACAAGACAGUACCUCCCGAUGGGAAAAGUAGCAAGGAUCAAGAAAAGGCAAAGAAGAGAAAAGCUGAAAAUGUGGCCAGUGCAGGGUCCAAAAAGAUUGCAGUGCCGUCGCAUUUGCAAUUUUGGAGCAACCGACAUGCUGAAUUGCAUGGGAUCAAAAGGGACAAAGAAGAUAAGGAGGGUGUCGAAGGAUCAGACCUUGGAGACUCACCAGAAACCACCGCACCUUCUCAGUCUUAUGCGGAUCUGAACCGAAACUGCUGCUACUUGUGUAUGCGCCAGUUCAAGACAUCCGCGGAAGUCAACCGCCAUGAGCGACUUAGUCAAUUGCACCGGAGCAACCUCCAGGAUGAGGAACUGACUUCCAAAGCCAUGGGCAAACUUAUCAAACAUGGUAUUGUUCCGCAACCAGCCGAAUAUCGUGACCGAGCAAAGGAGCGCCGCAAGGCAUUCGGCAACGCCAAGCCCUCAACCAAGAAGAGUACGCAGCCGCCAAAAGAGAAAGAGGAAGAGCCACCGACCGAAGUAACUUCAAAGGGUGCAUCACUUCUCAGCAAGAUGGGAUGGUCUGCUGGCUCAGGUCUGGGGGCUCAGGGAACGGGCAUGACUGCACCUAUUGCCACCGAAGUCUAUGCGCAGGGCGUAGGAUUAGGCGCGCAAGGAAGCAAGCUGGGUGAUGCGGCCGAGGAAGCAGGACGAAACACUCGAAACCGGUACGAUGAAUUCCUGGAGAAGACGAGACAGACGGCGCGGGAGCGAUACGAGCAAAUGGAGAAAUAG